CUGCCAGCGCAGCGCGAAUUUCCGCGUUAUUCUUACAAUUUCUUGGAUCGGGAAAACUGUUGUCACCAGCUACAGAAACACAUUCAUAAAGCAAACAACGCCAAUCCAGAAGACAGGCGAGCCACGCGCCAUGGAGAUAAUGUAAUACAUUUCUAUAUGCAAGGAAUGGGAAUGUGGGUCCUGGUUUCAGGUGGAAAGGGCAGAGUUUUCGGGCGAUUUUCGAGCGUUUUUCGGUUGUUUUCCCAGCAGCAACAACAGCACGUGCCGACCAAGGCACCAACACAAACACACAAAAACACUCACACACACAAAUUUCCAUUUAUUUUGACAUUGACGUUUGAAUUUUUAAUGAAAUUCCAAACAUUUUUAACGCCCCGAAACGGUUUUGUUUGUCCUUUUCAUUCGCAGGCAGCUGAGUCCUGGCAUCCUGCAAUCCUCAGUCCUGGAUGGGCAGCAAUCGGCUAAUGAAGAUGAAGUGAGAUUGUGUUCGAGCCGAAAUUAAAUAGAAUAUAAAUCGCUGGAAAAAUGGCGGCGAUUUGUCAGCCUCUGUCGAGCAGAACAAAUGCAAAGUAGUUACACGGCCAGCAGAAGGAUAAACUAUAGAAGGGAAAUUCACAAGUGGAUUUCCUUUCCUUUCGACCUCCACUUGCGGCAAUUUCACGCAUCGCGGCAGAAUGAUGAUGACGGCAGGCGCUAAUCAGGCCGCCCCCAGCCACGCCCCUCAGCUAGUCCACAAACACAUUUUCAAAUAGGUUUUCGCCGGCGGAAAAGUGCCAACGGGGGUGCAAAGGGAGCAAGGGAAAUCCGCAUAGUGGCGCAAGGGGCUGGGGCACCACGCUCGCUAGUGAAAUAUUAUGGCAACUUUUCAAAUGGAAAUGCGCCAGCAGCAAAAGCAGCAGCAUCAACAAACGAAUUUAAGGCAACGAGCGGCGGCAGUGGCAACAUGCAAAGCCAGGCGACAACGACAACAUCUGCAGCCGGAGUCCACUGACUCACCGCAGCACGGCACGGAUUGCAUAAGACUGUGGCCAGGAUGUGGCCCAUCCACCGCUGACAGGGUCAUCGGCAACUCACCCACCUGCAACAACACCAGCAGCAGCAACAACAGCAGCAGCAACAUCAGCAGCAGCAACAGCAGCAGCAUCAGCGGUUGCAGCUGCAACUUUGGACGGCAAAGAGCGCUGAUUAUGCUCAGCAUGCUCGUCGUUGUCAUGGCUCUGAUGUCCGGCAAUGGAGUUUAUGCCGCUCAGCGCGACUCCUACAACUCGAAGGAUAUGAGCAGCAGUAACAAUGCCCUGCCCAACGAAGGAGUGGGAGGAUCUGCAGCUGGCGCAGGCGAGGCGGCUGCUCCUGGUCCCACUGGUGUCGCCGGAAGCGAAGGUGGAGGCGGAAGCGGCAACAAUAGCAGCGGAAAUAACAAAAACGGCCAUCCCGCCGCCGGAUCAGGCGCUGCCUCCGAAUCCGCUGUGCUGACAACCGAUGCCAGUCGCAGCUCCUCUGGCAGCUCCUCUGGCAGCUCCACCACCAUCACGGGAAUCCCGAGCAGCAGCCUCCACAAGGCCAGCAGCGCCAGCAGCAACACAUUCUCCUCCCAGCUGACAUCCGGCUUCCAUCGCAACAGCAUCGAUCUGGAGGAGGCCCGCAAUGCGGGUCCCUACUUCGACAAGGCCUUCUCCAAGAACGUCACCGCCCUGCUGGGCAAGACGGCCUACUUGAACUGCCGCGUCAAGAAUCUGGGCAAUAAGACGAUGCUGCUUCAGGUGUCGUGGGUGCGACAUCGGGACAUACAUUUGCUGACAGUUGGCCGAUACACAUACACGUCGGAUCAGCGCUUUCGGGCCAUUCAUCAGCCGCAGACUGAAGACUGGAUGCUGCAAAUCAAGUACCCGCAACAUCGCGAUUCUGGUAUCUACGAGUGCCAGGUAUCGACCACGCCCCACAUGAGUCACUACAUUCACCUGAAUGUCGUUGAACCCUCGACGGAAAUCAUCGGUGCACCCGAUCUGUAUAUAGAAAGUGGUUCCACUAUAAACCUUACCUGUAUCAUACAAAACUCACCGGAGCCACCAGCCUAUAUCUUCUGGAAUCACAAUAAUGCUAAGUUUCCAUCUCACCCGCAGAUCAUCAACUAUGAUUCGCCGCGCGGAGGCGUGUCCGUGGUCACCAAUAAAGGCGAUACGACCACAUCGUUCCUCCUAAUUAAAUCGGCGCGUCCAUCAGAUUCCGGGCAUUAUCAGUGUAAUCCAUCAAAUGCAAAGCCCAAAAGCGUUACAGUACAUGUGCUCAAUGGUGUUUCCCAUUCCGUUUCCAGGGGAGUUCCCAGCAGCAAUGCAGCACGCGGCACCAGUGCAUCCUCGCCCCUCGCCCACUCGCUGUCUGUUUGUGUACCUGUUUGUGUGCUUCUGCAGCUGGGCGCUUGCCGGUGGAUCGCUGCGCUGCUGGGCGCCGCUCUGGCCACGCCCCCGCCGGUCCGCGUCCGUUCCGCCCGGCGGGCGACGGGGAAGCGUCCUGGACCGCCAGUGGAUCGAUGUGCGCCACUCGCCAGCGAAGUGCGGCACUUCCUCGCCAGCGUUCUGAGGUGGCGAUGGCGAUGGUCUUGGCGCUGGCACUGGAAAGGCACGCAGCAGGAGCAUUCCUGGCAUUAUGUGAAGCCACAAUCGCGCAGGGAGGCGGCAACGUGUAGGCAGCCCUUCGAGGCGGACAUAAGGUGAGCUCAACGGCCAGCAACGGACCCUCCUCAAGGCCACUCUCAACUCAAUCGUAAGCUGUAACUAUAAUAACUAUAACGUAUGCAUACAACAUAACUCUAUUGGCUAUUGCGUUUUUCUAUGAAUCAGCGACGUAUACGUAAUAUUUAGCACAAAACCGAAACGAGAAGAAAACAGAAAACGUAAAUAUAUGAUAUACAUACCUAACUAUAGAUGAAACCGAAAUCAAGCCAAGUUGUCGCCUUUUUUUAUGUACGACUUUGUAUCAUACAAUGAAGCUAUCUAAGUCUUUGGUUCCCUUAGAAAUUGGAAAUUGUGUAAAUAGGCUGCUUAGCAUACCUAGAGGCGCUUUUUUCGAUCGACUCUUUCCAACCUUUGUAACUUUUAUAGCCAAAAUUAAGCAGCAGGCAGAAGGCACCCUUCAGAAAGCUGCUGCUCAACACUGCAUUAAACAAAACACAAGAAAGAAGCAAGGGGAAACCAUUUUUCAGCAAAUACCAACCAGAAGAGAAAACGCUUUCGACUGCCACUUUGCGACUGUUUCCUCGAAGCGUGGAGAAAUUCUCAUUUGCAUUUUGCGUAAUCCUAAUAGACAGAUAAAUGUUCAACCGAAAGGCAAUUAGCACGACGCAAACUAAAAACAUUCAACUUCAAGUACAGGCUAUAGAAAAAACGAAAAAAAAACCCUAGAAAUUAAAGCGAAAAAAAAACUGUGUAAAAUAUAAAAGAAACUUAAACCCAAAGGGGGAAAAUUUAGCUACAAGUUAAAGGAAAAUAAAUAAAAAGGAGAGCAAGAGCAGAACUCGUUGAGGGGAGACUUUUUCUUUUGGCUGCAUCUGAAUGGUUAGAAAUUAAGUCAUAAAAUAUGUAAAGGGGAAAACCCUCGAAUAAGUUGUUUCGUUUCGUUUCGUUCUUGUAAUGUACAAAUUAAAUAAACGUAAGUAUUACCCCACGUGCAGAGGAAUGGAACGGUUUGAAUUUAGGAUACAAUCGGCUGAGAUGAAAAAUUGUUGCACAUUUCAUAAAUUUAUUUGUUGUUACUCAAUGCAAACGAAAAUUAGUCAAGUGUUAAAAGAACGAAAAACCUUAUGAAAUAUGGAAAAAGCUCUCUACAAUGUUACAUUCAAAUGAUUAUUCUGACGUUUUACAAGCGCUUUUCGAUUCAUACAUCAAUUUAUUUCAGUUUAUUUUCCAUUUCCAAUUCCUAGCUUUCAUUUGGGCUCUUCGAUAACUAAAAUCCUUUGUCUGACUAAUUUCUGUCAUCACACCAAACUUUGCCAUAGAGCACAUAGCUAACCAAAUACAUUAAAAAGAAGGAUAAAUCAAGCGUUACAGAAAACAAAAAACUAUUGAUAAAAAUUAAAGUAAAGGAAAAAGUUUCAUUAAUCAAGCUAAGCAUUAAGCAAAAUACAAAUUAAACAGUAAUAACAGACAAAACACUAUUGAAAUACAGCAUGAUUACUCAGAGACUAAACCAAAUCCCGACACAUUUUCCCCCACGCUUUUUCCAAUUACCAUGUAAAAUAACAACAGAGCAUAUAAACAUUCAAAUUCCAUUCCAUUUCAUAUGAAAAUUCAAGCGAAUAAUGCCUUUUAAAUUGUGCAGGCUGCAGGAAUGGAAAAGCGAAUUCAAAUUAGAAAUCCCAUUAUGUUUGAUGAGGCGUUUUAUAGUUAGUUAUUCGAUAUUUAUUGCAAAAAUGUCAACUGUCGAUCAAAUGCACACACAAUAUUUCUUUGUUCCAAGUCCAUGUUACACAUAUUCAAACUUUGCCCAAUUUCACAUUCUGUCUAAAAUUCCAAUUCCAAUUUCAUCAAGCAUUUCAGAUGGUGACAAAUUCUGGAGAUACUUAGGACUAAGCAUUCAAAAUAAAUAUAGUAUGACAUGAAAACUAAAAAACCGCAUAAAACUGAAGUAAAUAUUGUAUAUGUAAAUGUGUAUUUAUAAAACUACGACAUCAAGAAAGCUAUAUAUAUAUACAUUAAAAACCUAGUUUAUUAAACACAUAAAAUCGAAAAACGAAAAACUGAAUCAACAAUGUUAUUAAAGCUAAACAAAAACGUAACAUUUGAAGGUAUUUAAUUGAAAAAUAUGAGCCAUACAGAAAUACGAUAAACCGAAACCGAAAUCGGAGCAGAAACUGAAGUUAAAAGAAAACUUUUUAAAAUGUAAGAAUUUAAAAUGUGCAAAUAAAAAGUGAAUGAAUGAGAAAACGAAAA